UACCGCCGCGGUGGCAGGAGGAGAACAGACGAGAUUUUGUCUUCAGUCAGAAUGCCCGAGCCAGCCAAGUCCGCCCCAGCGCCCAAGAAGGGCUCCAAGAAAGCCGUCACCAAGGUCCAGAAGAAGGACGGCAAGAAGCGGAGGAAGAGCAGGAAGGAGAGCUAUGCCAUCUACGUCUACAAGGUGCUGAAGCAGGUCCACCCCGACACCGGCAUCUCCUCCAAGGCCAUGGGCAUCAUGAACUCCUUCGUCAACGACAUCUUCGAGCGCAUCGCAGGGGAAGCCUCCCGCCUGGCUCACUACAACAAGCGCUCCACCAUCACCUCCCGGGAGAUCCAGACCGCCGUGCGCCUGCUGCUGCCCGGAGAGCUGGCCAAGCACGCCGUCUCCGAGGGCACCAAGGCCGUCACCAAGUACACCAGCGCCAAGUGAGCGCCGCCCCCGCUCUCCGGACCCAAAGGCUCUUCUCAGAGCCCCCACCCUGUCUCCAGCGGAGCUGCUCCCGGGUCUC